AUGUCCUAUCAAUCCUUUUUGAUCGUCGGCGGUUUUGGGCGAAUCGGCGCCACGAUUGUAGAGAAGAUUCUAGAGAGAGCGAAUACUAAAGUACUGAUUUUGGACGCAUUUCACUCAACGGACACCAAUUUAGACCUAGAAGUGGCGAAAAAUGAGAGACUGACAACUGUUUUUGGAGCCCGACACAACGAGGCGCUCGUCGAGAGGAUUCUAAAGGAGCAUCGGAUUGAAUGCGUGAUCGAUUGUGUCUCGUGUUUUCCCGAUAUCAACAAAUCUCCGAUCGAACAGGCUCGAGAAGGGAUUUCGGGCCUCACCCAUCUGAUGGACGCGAUUCGACAUUUUGGAGAGCUGAAAUCGUUUGUCCUUGUCAGCACUCAAAAGGUUUAUGGAAAUUCAAGGAUUCAAAACGAAGACCAAUCCUUGAGUCCAACAGAUUUCGCUGGAGCCACUGCAAUGUCUACUGAAGCGAUGCUGCACUCCUACGUGGUCUCUUAUCGUUUGCCGAUGUCGAUUGUUCGCCUUUCCAAUGGGAUUUUCUCGACAAAAAUCGAGCUCGAUGCGUUCGUUCACAGCUACAAAAAUCCGAUCAAUCUCCUUCCCAUCGCCUCAGCAGCUUCGGCAGUGCUCAAAGUGGCUGAGAAAGCCGGUGGAGCUGAAGUGUACAAUGUCGGAGGAUUGACAGACUUCAGUCAACAAGAGAUUUUAAAGUUUGUAAAUGGUGGCCAACCAAAUGGAAUCCCAUCAAAUUUCGACAUCACAAAGGUGCGACGACUCGGCUGGGAACCGGAAAUGGAUCUAAGAUUUACUGACUCAAAGCCCAGCGUCUCUCUUUCACCGAAAAUCCUCAUUUACGGGGCAACUGGGUGGAUUGGAGAGCAAUUUUGCGAGCUUUUGAAGAAAAAUGGCAUUGCUUUUGAGAAAGGUGAAACCCGACCGGGCGAUGACGUCGACGAAAAAGUUGAAGCGGAGAUUGGACGCGUCGCGCCGACACACAUCAUUUCAAUGCUGGGACGAACGGUUGGACCGGGUGUUAACAGCAUCGCUUAUCUGGAGGGAGGACCAGAUCGACUGAAAUUGAACGUUCGCGACAAUCUUUUCGCUCCGUGGCUCUUGGCGUCACUUUCGGAGAAAUUGAGGAUCCAUUUCACGUACCUCGGCACAGGAUGCCUUUUUCAAUACAAUGACGAGCAUCCGAUUGAUGGGAAAGGGUAUUCGGAAGAAGAUAUCGGCAACUAUGACGGCACCUCGUAUUCAGCAGUCAAGAUUUUCACCGAUCGCCUCCUCCGGCAAUUUUCGACGACUUUGCAGUGCCGAAUUCGUUUGCCGAUCAAUUUCGAGAAAGACACAAGGAAUUUGGUGGCAAAACUAAUGGCUUUCAAGAAAGUGCUAGAUAUCCCGAAUUCGGUCACAAUUUUGCCCGACUGUUUGCCGAUUCUUUUGGAUAUGGCGCUGAAACGUCAAACCGGUGUCAUCAAUUUGGUAAACCCGGGCCCAAUCCGUUUUCCUGAGGUGUCCGCCCUGUACAAGAAAAUGCUCGAGCCUGAUUGGGAGUACGAGAUUUUGGAGGCUGAUCCAACUUCGGAAUUGGUGCGUACAAGGUCGCAUUGUACGCUGAGCACAGCAAAAUUGGAAAAACUCUAUCCAACGCUGAGAACAUCACGCGAGGGGAUUCAAGAAGCGAUUAGAGUGAUUGGAGCGAAAAAUGGGCGAAAUGGACACGCU